UCCUCUCGCUCCCAGCGACGGCGACCUAGCUUCUCCUACGGCCGGCUGCCAACCCAGCCGCCGCCGCCGCCGCUACCGGAUAGACGGACACCGCAUCCUCCUCGCCCUUCCUCUCGAGCUUCAGUGAACUACGCGCGCGGCAGCCCUGCUUGCCGGCGGCCCAACCCUAGCCAUGGCCACUGUACCAGUUAACCCGAAGCCUUUCCUGAACAACCUGACAGGGAAACCUGUUAUUGUCAAACUGAAGUGGGGUAUGGAAUACAAAGGGUACCUUGUCUCUGUGGACUCCUACAUGAAUCUGCAGCUUGCUAACACAGAGGAGUACAUUGACGGGCAAUUCUCUGGUAACCUUGGAGAGAUACUGAUAAGGUGCAACAACGUUAUGUAUAUGCGCGGCGUUCCGGAGGAUACUGAGAUUGAGGAUGCAGAGUGAGAAGAUGAGCGCUGCUGUCAUGAUUAGGUUGAGAUUUAUGCAAUACGCUUUUGACAUGAAUGUGAUAAAUCUUGCCUGUUUCAGCUGUAAUCCUAUCUAGAUGUUUGGUUGUGUUAGUGACCAGAUUUUUUCAACUUCUCAUUCGCCUGGAUUGUGUUAUCCUCCUGUUGAAUGUUAGAAGUAUGCAAUUUCUUCAGCAAUUCCUUUUUGGGAUGUUUGGUUUCA